AUGGGUCGACCAGGACAAAGUGAUGAAGACCUCUCACAUCAGAUCAUCAACCGUUACGUGGAGUGGGGUGGCAACUUCCUGGACACGGCGGAUGUCUAUGGACGUGGCAACUCUGAAACUAUCAUUGGCAAGUGGCUGGAAACGCAACCUAGAGACAAGUAUGUGAUUGCCACCAAAUGUCGAGUCAAUAUGGGCACUGAAGAGAACAUCAACAAUGUGGGGCUGAGUCGACGUCACAUUACAGAGAGUAUCGAUAGAAGCCUCAAGAGACUACACACAGACUUUGUGGAUCUCUACCAG